AUGGCGCGGUGGGCGCACGCGCUAUUGGUCGCGCUGGCGCUAACAGCCGCGCGCGCCUAUCUCAUCAUCGUCCCCGAUACAGCUCCACCAGGCUAUGUCGUCCUCGACGCAGCCGUCUACAAACUUGGCUCCGAACGCACUUACAACAUCGAUGUUCAUCGCACCGCCAACUUUGUCCACCACAUUCUCCGAGUCAACAGAACCAGCGGACUUGUAACAUUGCGUAAAAGACUAAGAUGUGACGGCGUCCUCUAUCCAAAUCUUUUCACAUUCUACGUUGAUUCAACCUCUGAACGCAUUCGAGAUAUCGACUAUUAUAGCUUACCGAUCAGAAUAUUGGUCGCAGGUGAGGAUUGCAGCAGGCGCCAUGCUGAUUUGUACGAUAUUGAUUUUGAUCGAGUUUACGAUCAAAAUGAUGCCGCUGCUCAAUAUGAAGAUGAUCACGUCAGGGAUAAGAGAGAGGUCAUCUAUCAAGAGAGUAUAGACUGGAGAUUGUUAGAAGAAAAUGAAUUAGGUUCUAGUCAAUAUAACGUGCUGUCGACAGCGUAUCCGUGGUCGAGCGCUAUGUUCGAGGACGUUUUCCUUAGAAAUAGUAGUAGGAAAAAGCGAUCUCUUCUAGUACCAUUUGAUAUGGCCAUAGAUGUAAAAAUAGCUGAAGCUAAACAGUGGAUUUCCGAAACCUACGCCAGUUUUGCUAUACCAACUACGGAUCGGUGGCAGGGAAUCUGUUUGAAAAAGUCUCAGUUUGUAAACUCUCUGACGGCAUUCUUACCGAGAACAGUGCAAAAAAUGUGUCGUGUUCAAUUUUUGGAUGUGAGUGAUCCUCGCUUUGUUAUCGAAAAUAGUCAAGGGGACUUGGUGGCGAGCAAUGACGUGUGUAUUCAAGAACCCAUGUGGAAAGUAUCUAUCCUUUUCACCUUUGACUGUGAACGGACUAAUAUUGUAGACUCGGACCACAGAUUAAAGAUAGUGUAUCACCAUCAAGAACUCAACGACACUGAUAUAGCGAGAAGGGUAAAAAGGGAACUGCGCAAUCAAUCACCAUACUUCGAACAAGCCUUGUAUGUGGCUUCCGUCGCUGAAGAACAACCGCCAGGAGUUAUAGUCACAACAGUUAGAGCACGUGAUCCAGAAAACAGUCCAGUUACGUACUCCAUGUCGAGUUUGCUGGAUUCCCGAUCUGCUGGCAUGUUUGCGGUCGACACUAGAACCGGUGUGGUGACCACGCAGGCCCGCCUGGAUCGAGAGAGACUUGACGUCCAUUACUUUAGAGUGGUAGCUCAGGAUGAUACGUUUCCACCGAGAAGUGGUACCACCACGCUUCAGAUAAACGUGUUGGACUGCAACGAUCAUGCGCCGAUAUUUGAAAUGCAGCAAUACGAAGCCUCGGUCAGAGAAGGCGCUAGUCCUGGAACAACUGUGUUAACACUGAAGGCUACAGACCAGGAUAUUGGAAAAAAUGCUGAGGUGGAAUACUCAAUCGAUUCAGUGAAAGCAGAAAGUCUUAAACCAGAAGAUAUCAACGAGUCAAUAGAUGGCGAACAAGUGGUCGCCCAAGACGUUUUCAGAGUAGACGGUAGGAGUGGUGCUCUACUAACUCGAGCGACGCUUGAUAGAGAAAAAGUUUCAAGAUAUACUGUUAUUGUUAAGGCUACGGAUCAAGCCAGUCCGCUAUCUGACAGGUUAUCUAGCAGCGCAACAAUUCAUGUAAAUAUACUGGAUGAUAACGACAACUAUCCUCAGUUCAGUGAGAAAACGUAUACAGUAAAUAUAGAUGAAGAUAUAAGUGUCGCUGACAACCCUGUUAUUGCUAGGAUCAAAGCAACAGACGCGGAUGUAGGAUCAAACGCGGCUAUCAGAUAUGCGAUCAUUGGGGGUAACACGCAAAUGCAGUUCUCAAUAGAUAGCCUGAGCGGAGACGUGUCGUUGGUCAAACCACUCGAUUAUGAGCAAGUACGAAGCUACCGCUUAGUGAUCAGAGCCCAAGACGGCGGUAGCCCAUCUCGUUCGAAUACAACACAAUUGCUGGUGAACGUCAAAGAUGUGAACGACAACGCGCCUCGUUUCUAUACGUCCUUGUUUCAAGAAUCUGUGAGCGAGAAUGUACCCGUCGGAUACAGUAUUGUGAGGGUGCAAGCAUACGACGCAGAUGAAGGUGUGAACGCGGAUUUAACGUAUACUCUAGCAGACAAGGACUACAACGGGAACAAUGAUUUGCCUAUUACGAUUGAUCCUCGGUCGGGAUGGGUGUACACUUCAACACAAUUGGACAGAGAAAUUCAAUCGAAGUACCAGCUUGAAGUCACAGCAACAGACAACGGAACACCACCGCGAUCUGCAACCGCCUCGGUAGUAGUUGUAAUACAAGACGUAAAUGAUAACGAUCCCGUUUUCUCCCCCCCACAAUACGAGGUAGAGUUAGCGGAAGACGAACCGCCCGGAACUCCUGUUGUCACCGUUACUGCCACUGACGCUGAUGAAGAUAAUCGAUUACACUACGAAAUCACUGGCGGUAACACACGCGGUCGUUUCUCUAUAACUUCACAAAAUGGCCGCGGGCUAAUAACAGUCGCUCAGCCGUUAGACUUCAAACAGGAACGGAGAUACGUUCUAACAGUGACUGCUACUGACUCUGGAGGGAGAUCUGAUACAGCCAUGGUCCAUAUCAAUAUAACUGAUGCGAAUAACUACGCACCAGUCUUUGAAAAUGCGCCUUAUACUGCUUCAGUUUUCGAAGACGCGCCAAUCGGUACGACGGUUCUAGUAGUUUCCGCGACUGACAGCGACGUGGGAGUAAAUGCACAGAUAACGUACACGCUAAGUUCGGAAAUAUCCAACGAGGCUGUUGCUCAUCACGAACAGGAAUUCCUUAUUAACCCACAAACCGGUGCCAUCACUACCAAUAGACUACUUGAUCGAGAAACUAUGAGUGGUUAUUUGUUAACGGUGACUGCUCGGGAUGGAGGUGUGCCGUCUCUGUCUGAUACGACGGAUGUAGAGAUCUCUGUAGUAGAUGUCAAUGACAAUGAACCGGUAUUCAAACAACAGCUUUACACUGCUAGUAUUGUGGAAGAUGCCUUAGUUGGUACAUCCGUAACUCAAGUUAGCGCGACCGAUGCGGAUGUAGGGCUAAACGGUAGAGUACAUUACGAGCUAGAGACUAGAGAUAAGGAGGAAGGAUCGUUUGUGAUCGACCCUGCAUCCGGAGUUAUAAGAACUAAUAAGGCGUUAGACAGAGAAUCUGUAGCCAUUUACGAUUUGAAGGCUUUAGCUAUAGAUGGCGGGACCCCUCCGCAAAGUGCCACAGUAAUAGUACACAUAAAAGUGGAAGAUAUAAACGAUUCGCCGCCAGUUUUCGAGAGUGAUUGUCUGACAUUUUACGUGCCGGAGAACAGUCCAAUCGGUACCACUGUUGGGUCUAUUCAUGCACACGAUCCGGACGAAGGUCCCAACGCUGUUGUACAUUACUCCAUUAAAGGCGGAGACGAUUCCAACAGCUUUUCCUUAGAAACACGCCAAGGUUCAGACAGAGCUGAGCUAGUGACAAUGGUAGACCUUGAUUAUGAAAGUCCUAGGAAAAAAUAUGAGCUCGUUAUAAGAGCCGCAAGUCCACCGCUUUGGAAUGACGUUAGAGUUGAAAUUUUAGUCACUGAUAUGAACGAUAACGCCCCCAUGAUGAAGGAUUUUCAGAUAAUUUUCAAUAAUUACAAGGAUUGUUUUCCCGUUGGUCCGUUUGGUAGAGUACCAGCGUAUGAUGCGGAUGUUACUGACAAGUUACAAUAUCGAAUUUUGUCCGGGAACAACGCAAAUUUGGUGCUCCUUAAUGAGACUACUGGUGCGAUGACCUUGUCACCUCAACUAAAUACAAACGUUCCCAAAUUGGCUACUAUGGAAAUAUCUGUAACAGAUGGGGUGAAUGAAGUUAAAGCUAUCAUGCAACUAUUAGUUCGACUUAUAACAGAAGAAAUGCUGUUCAACUCAAUAACGGUUCGUUUGAACGACAUGACAGCUGAACAAUUCCUGUCGCCUUUGCUCGGAUUCUUCAUUGACGGUCUAGCAGCUAUCAUACCUUGUCCGAAAGAGAACAUUUACAUAUUUAGUGUACAAGACGAUACAGAUGUAACCGGAAACAUACUGAACGUAUCGUUUUCUGCUCGUCGACCGGAAGCAGAGGUUGGUAUUGGAGGCGAUACGUCUCAAUACUAUUCGCCAACGCACUUGCGUGAACGAGUGUACUUGCAUCGUUCGACACUGGCGCGUUUAGCUACUGUACAGGUUCUUCCCUUUGACGACAACAUCUGCGUGCACGAGCCCUGCCUCAACUAUGAAGAAUGUCUCACCGUUUUAAAAUUCGGAAACGCGUCUGGCUUCAUACAUAGUGACUCUGUACUAUUUCGUCCGAUUUAUCCUGUCACUACGUUUACCUGCCAAUGCCCACAAGGAUUUACUGGAUCCCGCGAGCACUAUAUGUGCGACACGGAGGUAGACCUGUGCUACUCAUCGCCUUGCCGCAACAACGGCACCUGUGUAACUCGCGAGGGAGGAUAUAGUUGCGUAUGCGCACCCGGAUAUACCGGUGUCAACUGUGAAACUAUCCUAACAAAAGCGACAUGUGACAUGAACGGCGACGGCAGUAUAUGUCGCAGUGGGUCACAGUGUGUGGCAAAACGAGAGGGGGGUAUUCUGUGUCAAGGUUGCAACAUAGACUCUGCUUACACCACAUCUAUGUGCGAGUUGAAAGCUAGAAGCUUUCCAGUGACGUCAUUCUUGACUUUCCCGGGGAUCAAGAGACGGCAUCGGUUCCAUUUGAAGUUAAAAUUCGCAACCCAAACAUCAUCCGGUCUACUCUUAUACAAUGGUCGAUACAACGAAAGGCACGACUUCAUAGCAUUAGAGGUGAUCAGUUCCAACGCCGGUCGUGGCGGGGGGGCAGGUUUGAGGUUCACCUUCGCCUUGGGAGGGGGGAAAACUGAAGUGACAGUAGAGGGUGAUGUGGCUAACGGAAUGUGGCAUACCGUUGAAGUGGAAUAUUUUAACCGGACUGCAACAAUGAUCUUGGAUGAUUGUGACAAAAUGCUGUCAUUGGCGGGCGCCGCUGAUUUCGGUGUGAAGUACGCAUGCGCGAAUUUUACGAAAAAAGUGUUGCCACCACGAUGCGAUAUUCCAACCGAAGUUUGCCACAGAUUCCUCGACCUGACGGGACCCUUACAAAUUGGAGGACUACCGAACAUACCAAGCAGUUUCCAAGUUAAGAACAAAGACUUCGUCGGCUGCAUAUCUGACUUGUAUAUCGACCACAAAUUUGUAGAUCUUAACAGUUACGUAGCAGAUAACGGAACUCUAGCCGGCUGUCCGGAGAAGAGGUCUCAAUGUAGUAGCGCACCUUGCUAUAAUGAUGGGGAGUGCCUUGAUCUAUGGGAUACCUUCUUGUGUCGGUGUAGAGAGGGAUACACUGGGAAGGAUUGCGCAGAAUCCGCGGCGCCGCCGUGGCGCUUCAGCGGCGACGGCUCGCUGUCGUUCAACCCGCUGCUGCGGCCCAUCACGCUGCCGUGGCUCAACGCGCUGUCGCUGCGCACGCGCCAGCCCGACGCCUUCCUCAUGUCCGUGCAAGUCGGCCAGAACAGCUCCGUGCUGCUCUCCCUGAAAUCUGGUCUCCUCCACUAUUCAUACAACGGCGAAACAAUGUUCCUACCAUCACCUACUCUAGCUGAUGGUGACUGGCAUCGUAUUGAAAUCAAAUGGUUGGGAACAGAUAUAUCAGUAACCAUAGAUUAUGGCCUGCGAAACGCCUUGCUGCCGAUGCUAGCUAACAAAAUACAGGGACAAUAUAUUGGAAAAAUUUUAAUUGGUGGACCUGAUACCACAGCUGGUCUACUCGCCUCUGAUGUUGGGUACUUUGAAGGAUGUAUUCAGGAUGUACGAGUAGGAACAGCGCAGUCGUUACUAAACCGACCCACGGUACGAGAAAAUGUAAGAGACGGAUGUCAAUCGCGAGCUGACUGUUUGCUAUCUAUUUGUCCACCUAAUAGCAAAUGCGUAUCAACGUGGGAUAAUACGGAGUGUAUAUGUGACAAAGGGCGGGUAGGGCCGCAGUGCGUCGCCGCUUGCGACCUCAACCCUUGCAGCGAGCACGCACGGUGCGUACCCGACGACACCGACAGAGGGUACCACUGUUCCUGUGACGAUGGGUACAUUAUGACUGCGGCGGGCUGCGCGGCGGCGGGGCGCGCGCAGUGCCCGGGCGGCUGGUGGGGGGCGCGCGCCUGCGGGCCCUGCGCCUGCGCCGCGCGCGGCCUGCACCCGCACUGCGACGCGCGCUCCGGCCGCUGCCGCUGCAAGGAAAACCACUACCAGCCGGCUGGCUCCGAGGAAUGUUUUCCGUGCCAGUGUUACGCGGCGGGUUCGCUGAAUGGCUCGUGUGCCGCGUCCGGGCAAUGCCACUGCCGUAGCGGUGUCAUCGGUCGAGCCUGUGACUCCUGUGCUAAUGUAUAUGCAGAGGUCACACCAAGCGCUGGAUGCAAAGUCGUAUACGAUGGGUGUCCGAGAUCCUUUGCGGGUGGAGUUUGGUGGCCUCAAACCAAGUUCAAUAUCGAAGCAAUUACAGACUGCCCACCGGGUUCAAGUGGCAAAGCAACUCGCAUGUGCGAUGAAAAGCAAGUUGUUCCAUGGCUCGAGCCAGACAUGUUUAACUGUACGUCUUCCACGUUUCUUCAGUUACGGAAGCAGCUACACAAAAUAGAAACAGGUGAGCUGCAAGUGAACACGUUCGUGGGCGUGCGGCUAGCGGAAGAACUAGCAUCAGCGUGUGAGCGGACGACAGUACUCUUUGGAGCUGAUGUACUGGUGGCCAGUGGGUUGUUGCAAGAAUUACUGCGGUACGAGCUGAGGCAAGCGGGGCUUAACCUUACGCACAGCCAGGAUAAGGACUACGUGCGGAACAUAAUAAAAUCUUCAAAUACGAUCUUAAAUAAUAUGUACGAAAAAGAAUGGAAUCGCAUCAGAGAACUAACCGAAGUUGGUGUAGAGCAUUUACUGCAACAGUUCGACAAAUAUAUCGCAGUGCUAGCUGAAAGCCAACACGACACCUACACCAGUCCGUUUGAAAUCGUUACUUCAGAUUUAGUAAUCGGAGUAGAUAUUGUAACAGCCGAAUCAAUUUACGGAUUCGAACCUACAACAUUAAACCGGUACGGUGAUUCGUAUACAACUGAACGAGUGGUGCUGCCGGAUACUUCAUCUUUCAUACACUCUCCCUUACAAACGCCAGGUUAUUAUGGUAUUAAAGCGAAGAACAAGAAACCGUCAAGUCCCACCGUUUCUUUUCCAAAGUAUAACAAUUACGUGAAAAGUAAAAAUAAGUUUGAUAAGUUUACAAGAGUUCUUCUGCCGUUAGAUUUAAUUGGAAUUAGUAAUACUCAAGAUAAUAUAGAAACAAACUACGAUUCCCGCGCUGUUUUCUCAUACUUGCAAUACUCUCGCAACACAUCCCAACUAAUGCCUCUACGUAUGGACGAAUCCGUCACUAGACGUUGGGGUGUGAACAUUACUUUGGGUUCGCCCAUUUUACAAGUAGCGUUAUUCGUGCCCGAAUAUAUUUGGUACAGAGAGACGAAAGAGACUGAAGAUAAUUCUGAAAAUAAUAUUGAAGAUACAGAAGGAAUAAUGUAUUCUAACAAAGGUCAGCCACACCCAAAUCAAGUAAACAAUCAUAAAACAAAUAACGUUCAUUCGAAACACAAUUCUUGGCCACAAUCAGAAGACGAAGGUUCUAACGAUAAUCACGGACCAGUUGUUAUUCAACCAGCUUAUAAGAAACAAGAAAAGUCAUACGUGAAUGACAAUUUUCAAGAAAAUGAUUCUUCAUACGUUGCGGAAAGACUAGAAAAUUCUGAUGGGCCAAAGAUCUUGGCAUUGGUUAUGGAUAACGAAAUAGCUAAUAAAGAUGCCAAUUUAACGAAAGACAUUGGGAAGAAGACAUUAAUAUACAAGAGCUUGAAUGGUGUACGAUUAAAGAAACCAAUUAGGUUACAGAUUUGGCUCGAUAUUAAUAGAGAGACGUUUGGUUCAAGAACUAAUCCCCAAUGUGUUCAUUGGUCAACAUUGCGAGGCUCUGGUGAAUGGUCACGAGUCGGUUGUCACACGGAAAUUGACUACGACUGGUCGCCGUAUUCCGAUGAACCCUUACUCAUUAAUUGUACCUGCAAUCAUCUCUCUACAUUCGCUGUUCUAGUCGACGAAGUGGAUAUUGAAUUCAUCCCGGAGCCGUCAAUGCUCGAAUCGGUAACAUCAUACACUGGGUUCAGUAUUUCGUUACCGCUGCUAGCUUGGACUUGGCUGGCGCUCUGUCUCAUGCGUGGCGGCGCUGCCACCGUUUCAAAUUCCAUACAUAAGCACCUAAUCUUCUGCGUUUUCAUGGCUGAACUACUGUAUUUGAUCGCUAUGAAGGCAAGGAACUCGCUGGUACAAAAUGAGUUCGCGUGCCGCGUGGUGGCGAUGGGGCUGCACUACUGGUGGGUGAGCGCGCUGGCGUGGGCCGCGUGCGACGCGUGGCAGCUGCGGCGGCUGGUGCGCGAGCUGCGCGACGUGAACCACGGCGGGCUGGCGGCGCAGCUGGCGGCCGCCUACGCCGCGCCCGCCGUGGCGCUGGCGCUCGCCGCCGCGCACCACCAGCACCAGUACGGGAACGCGCUCUUCUGCUGGGUAAGCUGCCACGAGGCAGUGGUUUGGUGGGUGGUGAUCCCAGCCGCCGUGUACGCGGGCGCCGCGCUCGUGUUCCUGGUGGGUGCCACCCGCGCCGCUUUCACUGUAAGAGAUCACGUGAUCGGCUUCGGUAAUUUGAGGCUGCUGCUGGCGGUGAGCGUGCUGUGCCUGCCGCUGCAGCUGGGCGCGUGGGCGAGCGCGCUGCUGCUGGCCAGCGAGCCGGCGCGCCGCGACGCGCUCAGCGCGCUGCUGGCCGCCGCCGUGGCGCUGCACGCCGCCGCCGCCGCGCUGGGCCACACCGCGCUCAACGUGCGCGUGCGCGACAACCUCCGGAGGUCUGUAUUAAGAUGUCUUGGGAAGAAAGUACCGCCCGCCGAUACAUCUGUUAUUAUAAGCACAAGUGCCCAGAAUCUCUCACAAGUUAACAGGUCUGCACUAGCUUACCACAGUAGCACAGAGCCGGGUCGACAACUGCGGAACAUCGGAAUAUCCGCUUCAUCUACUACCUCAAGAUCCACGACAAAAACCAGUUCCAGUCCUUACAGUCGUAGUGACGGUCAACUUCGCCACACAAGUACGUCCACUUCCAACUACAACACAAGUGCAAGCGACAUGCCGGCUUAUUUAAGAGGAUUCGAUUCUUCGUUACAUACGAAAAAAGAUGAUGAGAGCCGCCGCCGCAAGUCUCGAGGGGACGCGGAGGGCACGGAGGGCACGGACAGCGAGAGCGAGGCGUCGGCGCGCAGCCUGGAGCUGGCGUCCAGCCACUCGUCCGACGACGACGACUCCGCCUCGCGCCGCUCCGGCCGCCCGCCCGCCCUCCGAGAUCGAGGCACUAAUAGCACAGGAGGAAAUUACCUACCCAAUAUCACAGAGGGAGCACCCCUGGCCAUCACACCAAGAUGGCCUUCCCAUAUUCGAGAAGAAAUGAAUCAACCAGAAAUGAAUCGUUGGUCACAAGAGACAGGGUCAGAAGAGGGAAUGAAUCCUGGACCCGCGACACCGUCUCCAAACCCUUUGCCCAAUCCUGACUUAACAUCGGACGUGUACCAAUUGAGUCGACAUCGGCUAAAACCUUCAAUAUUGGAAAAUGUCCAUGACACGUAUGUGGCCAGCGUGGACGCAUCGAGGCUACCACUAGAUAACAGAUACGGUGUAAUGGACGAUGAAUUGAUGUAUGGAGUCAUGCCAAACGAUACCGAGAAGCAAAUUCCUUACGAUCCAAAUUAUCCAAUAUCGCCAACAAUGUACAGACUACCCACAAAUCCAUAUGGUUCCAAAACGUAUCUAUCUUCACGGACAUCUGACUACGGAUAUAGCCCAACUAAAUAUUUGAACACUGAUCCCAGUGUUUACGGAUCCCGGGAUUUCCGGGAUUCGACUGUCACAACAAGAGAGCACGAUGGCUACCCUCCACGGGAUUUCCGAGAUUCUGGGAUUGCUACUAUGUUAAAAAAUGAUUAUCAGAGGAAAAUGGAAGGACAUUAUGAUUACAACGAGAGAAUGUCGGACGGUUCGGAGAAACACCAUCCCCACGAUAAAUAUCUGUUCCCAUAUACAGCGGAGGAAGACCAUAUUAGUGUGCGUGGUACGCAGUCGCCUCAACGUCUCAACACUGAUGUUCAUACAGGAGAAGUCCCACAGCAAAUGGGUGCGCCGCUAGCUAGCAUGGGAGAAACUAGCGAGAAAUCUACUACUGAAGAUGAUGCAGAAACGCGAGUCUGA